AUGAGUACGCAGAGCGAAACUCCAUUGCUGUGUCCUACAUUCAGCAGCUACACUCGGGAUGGAUCGGUCGAGACCGCGACAAGAGUUAGCAACGAUUAUAAAAGCAGUAUCGGAGAAGACGAAAACGACGAUUUAUUCGAGUUCGAAUCCGGUUCUCCUGCCGUGCGGAAAUCCGCGGUUUAUCCGGUUUUUAAUCGUGAAGCUCUUCAUAACGACAUCGAUAAAAAAAUUGAAAAGCUUGACGAUUCUGUCCUUGUGGUUCCGUUAAAAACUCUGUUUCUGGAAGAAGAGCGAGAAAAUCGGAUCUCCACGUCGUCGUCCGACGAGUCCGACGAUGAGGCGGCGGAGCCUUCCUGCAUGUGGCGGAGAAAAGGCGUGGGAUCGUCACCGUCGCCGAGUGACUGUAAGAAGAGCCGAUCGACCGGAUCGGUUUUAUUCAAGCGGUUCAAGAUUUGCGAUCUGCUCCGGAGCAGUAGCGACGGAAAAGAGUCUUAUUUAUUUUCAGCGAAGAUCGAUAAAUCAUCGAAUAAGAUCGAUUAUCGUAAAUCACCGGGAAGAGUGACCGGAAAAGUGAAGGCGGCACCGGCGUCAUCGGCGCACGAGUUAUUUUAUGUUCAGAACAGAUCGAUAAAGGAAGGCGAUAAGAGAAAAUCUUUUUUGCCUUACAGGAAAGAUCUCGUUGGAUUUUUCUCGGUGCUGGGAAGAGCUUCUAGAACUUGA